AUGUCUGUCGGUCGUUCCGCCCAUGCUGGUCUUAGUGUGCCGCUGACUCGCGAGAACCUCGCCACUCUACCCAGCAAUGCCAACGCCACCUUGCCCACCCGCCUGCGGCCUCAAACCUCUGCACAGUUGCUGACAGGAUCAGCGCUGGCCCGCGUGACCACUGUCGACAGCUCCAGAGCUUCCAUCUUGACCGACAGCACCGAAUUCAGCACCUCGAGCACCGUCAAUCGAGGAUACGCAGCCCGCAUCGACGUCAACGGCAAAGUCAAGCCCUUGUCUUCCGCACCCGACCAACGCGCAUGCCAGACCAUCGCCUUUCUCGAAGGACCUUCCGACUCGCUCGACUACAAGACCUAUCGACCUGGCGACGAGAUCAAGGGCGCAGUCCACCUCCUCCGCAACGAUCCAGAACGUGGCAUCAUCACCGGUAUCAAGGCACGCAUUCGAGGUGAGCUCGAAACCAGCGUUUUCGGUGUCGGCGACUCGAGCUACUAUUCGAUGGACAAUGAGCAUGGCAUCGCUCGACGCCAGCUGCAAUUCUUUUCCGAACAGAAAACGCUCGCUACCAAAACGCACCUCGAAUCAGGGGCCUUUGAGCUCGAACAGACGGGGCUUGUCGAUCAUGGUCGACGCAACAACCUUGCCGUGCCCUUCAGCUUUGUCCUGCCUCUCAAGCUGCACGCUUCCGCGCUCGACAUGCUCGACAGCAAGCUCAAAAAGUCAUUCAAGCGUGGUAAGCAGUACAUCGAUCUGCCGCCUUCCAUCGACAUGGAAACCCGCUACGCUCCGCCCAAGCCCAACCAGCUGUUUGGCCAGGUCAAGGAGAAGCUGCACGGUCAGAAGCUGCGGCCCAUGGCACGCAUCAAAUACGAGAUUGACAUCAUUGUGAGCAGGCAGCGUUUCGGAUCGGUACUGCUCCCACACAAGCGCGGCGAGCGAAUCAUCCUUGCCUUUGCCGUCGAGCCCUAUCCUCCUCGCACGGCGGGUUUGGCUGUGCCGACGCUGGAACCGAUACGAGCAUGCCGUGUGACGUCGCGAGGCGACCGUUCCGUCUCGACCGACCGUUCCGCUUCGCCUGAUGCGGCUUCCGCACAUUCUGGUGACGGGGCAGAGGAAGAGGAGGCCAUCGAUGAGGAUUCCUGGGCUUCCGAUCUGGGGGGUUUCCGCCGCACGCAGGAAGUGUUUGGCGCGCUGGAUUUCGAAGCGCCUCCCGCAUUUGCUCCCAGUACUAUCGCUCGUUCCAUCUCAAGGCCGAGUCUCCCCGGUUGCCGACGCAAGAGCUACAUCAAUGUCAAGGAGGGCGUCGAUGGUCGCAUGAAGGGCUGGCUGACGCACUCGCUUGAGAGCACGCUGUCGGGAGGUCGAGGCUCGUUCGAAGCCAUCCUCUCCGUGCCGGCCAUGGCUGCGCUCUACAUGGAGACCAAAAUCCCCUUUAGCCUCGAGGUUCGCCUGCCGCAGCAUCUUGUCGGAUCAUAUGCACCCAAUGUGGAACUGGGCCUUGUCCGAUCCGUCAUGACCUACUCGCGUCUCGGCACUCUGGUCAUCGAGAAGGAAGACCCUGACAAUCUCGCCAGCUUCAGCGGGCCUCACUCGUGGUCCGAACGCAUCCGCAUCGUCAACAUGGAGCGUCAGUCCGACGACCAUCUGCCGCCCUUUUACGAGCAGGGACAGGCGAGACAGAUCUACACGGGCAACUUUGCCAUCGGACGCUACGAAAAGAUGAUCAAGGCCGGAUCGUCGGCGCCUCUCAAGCAGAAGCUGAUUCAGCAGCCCGAACUGCGUCUGGUCGUGCCCAGCUUCUCGUUCAAGGCGUUGAGGAUCGAGUACAGGCUUCGCGUCAAGAUCUCGCUCCCAGGCGGAGCUGAGCCGCAAGCUUCCACUUCGACAUCGCCCGCAACAGCAGCAGCAGCGACGGACAACCACGUGGUGAUGGAGACGCCUCCAGUGCAUGUCGCUGCCAAUCCGGACACUGUCGACUUUACCCGACAGCAGGUGGCCGAGUCGCUGGACGACGACGCACUUUCCACGGUUGAUUUGCUGGACGAGGACGAAGAACGCUUGAUCGAGGCUUCUGGUUCUCGUUUUGCGCGUCGACCAUCUACGCCGCCGACUCCUGCUGCACGCGCUGUCGUUGAGGCAGACGAGGAAGACGAUGACGACUAUUCGGCCCAAGCGACACCGUUGGCACGUACACCGCUUCGACGCUCGCUAGACCUGACCGCGCUCACCACUUUCACCGCCACUGCUGUGCCCACUGCUGGCGAGAGCGAGGCACUCGUCUCCUCCGCAGCUUCGAUCGUCAGCGAAUCGAGCUCGUCCAGCUCGGCGCUCGAAGUGCCCUCGCUCGACCCUAUCCCCGAUGACGCUGAUGUGGAUGAGGAAGACGAGCUGACUGAACAGCUGGCUCUGGGGCUCAUUGAUCGCGAGCACGCGGCGGCUGUCGUUGCUGCCCGCUCUCGUCGUCGUGCGGCCACCAUCACGGAUGCACAUCGUCCAACUCAGGCGCUGCCUACUUAUUCUGACAGCAUCGGCAUCCUUGGUUGA